AUGACAGAUACAGCUACAAAUGAUAAAAGAGGUUUUGAAGAUGCCCUGGAAAGCCUCAGCGUUAAAUCUACGAAAGAAGAUUUUGCUUCUUUGCCAGAGAAGGAACCAAGCUUGACGUCAGGUGACGGCGAGGAGAAAAUUGAGCAAGUUGCAGAAGCCGAGGGAUUGCCAGUUAUUGUUCGCGAAAUCGUUUCUCUGGAAGAUAGACCAGAAGAUCUGACUAUCACCUUCAGAUUUUUCCUUCUUGGUGUCUCGUUUUCGGUAUUAGGUGCAUUCAUCACCCAGCUAUCAUGGUUUCGUACAACUUCCGCUCCCUUCAGCAUCCUUUUUGUACAAGUUGCGACGCAUUGGCUGGGCCAUUGGUUGGCUAAAAUAUUACCUGACUGGACAAUUGGCAGUGGAAAGUACUCGUUUAGUUUGAAUCCCGGUCCGUUUUCUCUCAAGGAACAUGUCCUUAUCACAUUAUGUGUGGCGUCUGGGAGCCAGAAUAACUUGGGUGAAAUCGCUAUUGCAACAGCCGAUAUCUUCUUCGAGAGAGUUUACCAUCCUGCUGCCGCAAUAUUUUUUAUGAUAUCCGCCAUUACCUUGUCCUAUUCCUUUGCCUGCAUUGCCAGAAAUUUUCUCAUCUAUGAGCCGGAAUUCAUAUUCCCCCAAGCUCUCAUGCAGACACAGCUUUUCAGAACCCUUAGGAAAGAUACGUUUGAUAAGUCUGCCGCUAGCAAGCAGCUUCGUAUAUUCGCUAUCGUAGCAGUUGGUAUCUACUUUUGGGAGUUCUUGCCCGAAUACAUCUUUCCCUUCCUAAGCUCUCUGGCUGUUAUAUGCUGGUUCGCUCCACAUAACCCCACAGCAAAGUUUGUUGGCUCUGGUAUCGGCGGUAUGGGAUUUCUAAACUUCAGUUUAGAUUGGGCCAACUUUAGCAAUUCCACUGGAUCUGUUUAUUUAAUGCCUUGGUGGACUCAAGUUAUAACGUUCACAAGCUUUGUUGUGACUAUGUGGAUCAUUGUUCCCAUCAUCCAUUUCAAAGGCUUAUGGAAUGCGGAUAUUAUUCCGAUAUUUUCGCAAGCAUUGUGGACUACUGACGGAAAGUCUUACAAUGUCACCCAAAUUAUAUCCAUACCAAGCUACACUUUCAAUGAGACUGCCUAUGCAAUUGAAGGUCCUGUGCGCAUCUCACCAUACUAUAUGCUCACCAUCUUCGCCUCAUAUGCAUCCUACAUCAGCGUCUUUGUGUACAUCGUUCUGUUCGCUGGACCCAAGUUAUUGGCCACCUUUAAGCAACUGCGGCAACGAGAUUCCAGAGCCUCUCGCAGCGACAAGCUCAGUCAAAUCAUGUCCAAGUACCCUGAAGUCCCCUUACUAUGGUGGACAAUCUUGUUUGUUUUAUCUUUUGUUACAGUUCUAGUUACCAUCAUCAAAGGCGAGUUUGGUGUGCCCAUAUGGACUUUUGUGGUUGCCGUGCUGUUUGGAGCUCUGUGCGUUGUGCCUAUGGGUUAUAUUUUUGCCAUCUCAAACUAUCAAGUUCAAGUUGGAGUCUUCAACGAAUUGUUGUUUGGUUACAUGGCGCCUGGUCUACACCCAACCGUUUCACUUUUCUACCGCUGUAUCGCAGCCGAAACCUGGUACCGUGCGCAGUCUAUUCUUUUGGAUAUGAAGCUAGGUCAUUAUAUGAUGAUUCCUCCUCGUCUUGUUUUCUUCUCUCAAGUGUUUGGGACGUUCCUUGGCUCUCCAAUCAAUUAUGCAGUUAUCCGAUGGGUUGUCAAUUCCAAGAGACCCUAUCUCGAUGGAACGCUGACGGAUCCUAAUGGACAAUAUAGCGGCCAGGCAGCCAAGUCUUACUAUACUUCAAGUACUCAAUAUGGCUUGAUUGGCCCGAAGAUUUUGUUUGCGGACUCAACUUAUUCACCCUUGCUGUAUGGCUUUUUAGUUGGAGCAGUUGCUCCAAUGAUCUUAUAUAUACUACACCGCCGUUUUCCAAAAGCAAGAUUCGAUUUAUGGAAUGCUACCAUUUUCUUUGGAGGGGUUUCUAAUUGGUGGGGAAACUUGAGUACGGGUCCGUUGUCUUCUAUCCUUGUAGGCUUCUUCAGUCAAUUUUAUCUAUUCAGAUAUCGCCAUGAGAUUUGGAGAAAAUACAACUAUUUAGUGGGAAGUGCUUUGGACACUGGCUUUAAUUUGGCAGUAUUGUCGAUCUUUAUCUUCUUUUCUGCUGGAAAACAAGUCAAGAUGCCAAACUGGUGGGGUAACGACGCGGGCUCCAUAGAAAAAUGUUACGGAAAGUAGUGGAUUCCAUCUCGCUCUCCGAAGCACUGUACUUCGUAUUUUACAUAUCCAUCUACUUGAUGGGGUUACAUUCUGAGUUAUUUGUACAAUCAUAAUUAAACUGUAUCAUAACUCUUAAC